CCCCCAGCUAAAGUCUCUCUCUUUCUACGCGAGGUCAGACUUGAGAGAGCAGAAACUCCAGUGCAAACUUCAAAAGAAGCUGUGCAUGUCAUCAAAGCCUGUUACAACAAUGACAACGCACCACCAAAACGAGCUCGACUCCGCCACAAACGACUCCGUCAAGUCAUCAUCAUCACUCCAGUCCGACUACCCACCAGAUCACGACUAUCAGCCACGUGUACGGUUCAUGUGCAGUUUCGGCGGCAAGAUCUUACCCCGGCCACACGACAACCAGCUCCGCUACGUGGGCGGCGACACCCGCAUCGUGGCCGUGCACCGCCACACCACCUUCUCGUCCCUCCUCAACAAGCUCUCCAAGCUCUCCGGCACCACCGCCAAUCUCACCGUCAAGUACCAACUCCCCAACGAAGACCUCGACUCUCUCAUCUCCGUCACCACCGACGAGGACGUCGACAACAUGAUGGAAGAGUACGAGCGCGUAUCGCAGAAUAAUAUCCAUUCGAAAACGGCUCGGCUUCGGCUAUUCCUCUUCUCGGCCGAUACCGACUCCAGGCACAGCAGUAUCAGUUCGCUUCUCGGUGGCUCCGCCAAGCGCGAGCACUGGUUUCUAGACGCGCUCAAUGGCGGCGCGGGUCCGAGUUUGGAGCGGGGCAGGUCCGAAGUUUCCUCCAUUAUAUCCGAAGUGCCGGACUAUCUUUUUGGGUUGGACAAUUCGGAUGAACCACCUCGAGAGCCCAAGCUUAAGAACCGAUUUGGUUUGUCCGACAAUGCUUCGCUUUCAGAUCCGGGUUCACCCGCUCCACCUGUUUCUUCCCAAUUUUACUCCACUUCCUCCUCUUUGGCGGCUCCAUCAAUUCCGAAUCUCCCGCCAGUUAAGACCAAACCCGAUAACCCAGUUCCCGUUGUUGAAUCGAGGGAGAUCCAAAAUGAGGGUUUUGCCCCGACAGGUGAGCCCCAGAUAACCGGUUAUGCCGGGAAACCCAUGUGGCAUUAUCCUCCGGAGACUCAUUACCCGAGUAGUGCAGUACAAUCUAUUCCAUUUUACUAUGUUCCGGGUCCGGUUUCACAAGGAAAUGUUCCACUCCAGCAGGUUCAAAUUCGGGCACCAUAUGUUCAACAGUUCAGUGUACCUCCGGGUCAGAUACCAGUCAGGUUCCACCAGCAAGUUCCGGGUAUGGGUCAGGUAUAUGGUGGAGGAGUGAGGCCGGUUGCUGCAAUGGACGCAUAUGACAUGUCGGGUAGAGUAGUUUCCGAUGGGAUGAACCCACCAUAUGACAUGUCAGGUAGAGCAGUUUCCGAUGGGAUGAACCCACCUAUGUAUUAUGGCGGGAUGGCUCCGCAAUAUCCAGGUAUGGUGUUGCCUGUUGGGGAAGAAUUGCAGGGUACCGGAACCGAGGCAAAGAUGGAUCGGGUAUUCCAGUCAUCUUGAGUGUUGAAGAUUUGUUUGAAUAAUUCAUCCAUGCGUUUGCUAUGGUGACUCUCUUCUUUGUCUUGUUUGGUUAUGAGGUUUGGGGUAAUGUUUUUGUGUGUGUAAAUUUGGUCUGUGAAUAAGUUUUGUUUUGCCUUCAUUUAUGGGUUUACUCAGUGUGAUAAAUGUAGAGGAAAAAGUACGUGGCAAUAUAGGUUUCAUAGUAACUUCUUAAUUUGUUAUGAAUAUUUUGUAUGGAAAAUGCCAGACAUUGCUGCAGUUUUAUUA